UCAAACGUGCGUGACUUGACAUCGAGCUGUGGCUCCCUGCCUCUGGAAGUGGAAGAAGUUGAGUCUCCUCAGUCAUCCGCCGGCGCCGCCUCCUGUCCGCUCCGCUGCGGAGGACAGAGGACAGACUCACAGCGGAAACUUCUGCAAGGGGACACGCGAAGGACUACUGAGAGGAGUCCGAACCCAGCGCUGCAGCUGAGCCCCUCGGGAGAUCUCUCCAGGCCUUUUCCACUCCUACGAGGUCUUGUCCAGGAUUCAUCGCCACUUGCUGAUCAGGACAGUGCAGAGGCUGCUAUGUCUGUCUGAACUCACAGAUCUUGCUUCAGCCAUGGCCCAACAGCGCGCUGAGCUGUCCCACUGCUAGGCAACGGGGCAUCCGAGAGGGCUGAAGACAUGUUGGGACAGACGGCCGGGUACCACUGCACUGAAGUCUGUUACUAUAGCAAUUACUGUAGUAACCAUGGAAACGCUAUGGAGGACUGGUCUGGUCUGCACUGUCAUCGUCGUCAUGUUUGCCACCGAGGUCGAAGGAGGUCGCAGAGAUGAAUUUGCUCAGUCACAAGGAGCUUUUCCUGUGCUUCCAAGUUAAUGCUGCUUUCCUGUCCAGUCUUGGCCAGUAUGAGAUUGCCAUCCCAGUACGUGUAGGACCUAAUGGUGAGAUGCUGGAUACAGAAAAGACUCAACAUCACAGAAGAAGAAGACGCAGUACUGAAGACAGGAUGCCUGACUCUCUCUUCUACCAGCUGUCCACAUCGCGUAACAACUUCCUGCUGAACCUGACCUUGCAGGGAGGCCUGCUGUCUAGACAGUUUAGAGUAGAGUACUGGAAGAGAGGUCGUUUAGCCUGGAGUCACCCUUAUUCUCCGCACUGUCACUACGUAGGACACCUCCAAGACCAGCCACACUCCAGUAAAGUGGCCCUGAGCAACUGUAACGGCCUGCAGGGGGUGAUUGUUGCAGGGGGAGAGGAGUACCUGAUUGAACCCCUUGUUUCACCAGAUAACCAGACAAGGAUGGAGAGGGGGGAGAGAGCAGAGGGGCGCCCCCAUGUGGUUUAUAAGCGGUCAUCGCUCCGCCAUCAGUACAAGGGCCAAUCCUGUGGAGUCAUUGAUGAGAAGCCGAUGAAAGGUGCAUCGUGGUGGCAGCGAACGCUGAAGACGCCUCCCCAUCAUGUCGGUCGCGGCCAACUGCCUCUGAAGCGCUCAGUUAGCCGCGAGCGCUACGUGGAGACUCUGGUGGUGGCUGACAAGAUGAUGGUGGGUUACCAUGGUCGUAGAGACAUCGAGCAGUACAUCCUGGCCGUCAUGAAUAUUGUUGCCAAACUGUUCCAGGACUCUAGCCUGGGGAAUGCAGUCAACAUUGUGGUGACACGACUCAUCCUGCUCAUGGAAGACCAGCCAACUCUAGAGAUCAACCAUCACGCAGGGAAGUCUUUAGACAGCUUCUGUAAGUGGCAGAAAAGCAUCCAGCACCGUAACAGCUACGGCAACGCCAUACCAGACAACGGGAUCGCUCACCAUGACACUGCUGUGCUUAUAACCAGGUACGACAUCUGCAUCCAGAAAAACAAGCCCUGUGAAACUCUAGGUCUGGCUCCUGUGGGAGGGAUGUGUGAGCCAGAGAGGAGCUGUAGCAUCAACGAGGACAUCGGCCUGGGAACAGCCUUCACUAUCGCCCAUGAGAUCGGACACACGUUCGGGAUGAACCAUGACGGUAUGGGAAAUGCCUGUGGGCCCCGCAGCCAGGAGACUGCCAAGCUGAUGGCUGACCACAUCACCAUGAAGACAAACCCAUUCAUCUGGUCCGCCUGUAGCCGGGAUUACAUCACCAGCUUCCUGGACUCAGGUAUGGGAUCCUGCCUGAACAAUAUUCCCCCCAAGCAGGAGUUUGUGUACCCCACCACAGCACCGGGUCAGGCCUACGACGCGGAUGAGCAGUGCCGCUUCCAGUAUGGCGUCAGAUCUCAGCAAUGCAAAUACGCGGAAGUCUGCAGUGAACUUUGGUGCAUGAGCAAGAGCAACCGUUGCAUCACCAGCAGCAUUCCUGCUGCAGAGGGAACCAUCUGUCAGACCAACACUAUAGAGAAAGGGUGGUGCUAUAAGAGGGUGUGCGUGGCAUAUGGGACUCGUCCAGAGGGUGUGGACGGGGGCUGGGGUCCGUGGUCGCCCUGGGAGGAGUGCAGCAGAACCUGUGGAGGAGGAGUCUCUUCUUCUAUCAGGCACUGUGACAACCCCAGGCCAACCAUUGGUGGAAAGUAUUGUUUGGGGGAGAGAAAACGCUUCAGAUCCUGCAAUAUCGAUGAGUGCCCUGCAGGUUCUCGGGACUUCCGGGAGAUUCAGUGCUCUGAUUUUGACAGCAUUGCUUUCCGAGGAAAAUUUUACACCUGGAAGCCAUACAGGGGGGGUGGGGUGAAGCCCUGCUCUCUCAAUUGCCUGGCGGAAGGAUACAACUUCUACACGGAGCGUGCUCCAGCUGUGGUGGACGGCACACCUUGCCGAGACGACUCUCUGGAUGUGUGUGUAAACGGAGAGUGUAAGCAUGUAGGGUGUGAUCGUAUCCUCGGCUCAGACGUUCGCGAGGACCGAUGCCGGAUCUGCGGGGGUGACGGGAGCAGCUGUGUGUCUGUGGAAGGACUCUUCAACGACUCGCUGCCCGAAGGAGGUUAUGAAGAGGUGGUCAGAAUUCCUAAAGGAUCGGUGUUCAUCCACAUACAAGAGCUCAACAUCUCCCUCAACUACCUUGUGCUGAAGGGUAAAGGGGACCAGUUCUUUAUCAAUGGGAAACUCACCAUUGACACACCGCGCAGGUUCGACAUUGCCGGUACUACCUUCCACUACAGGCGGCCCACUGACGGACCAGAAACGCUUGAAGCUCUGGGACCAACAAACAUAACCCUGAUUGUCAUGGUGCUGGUGAGGGAAGAGAACCCAGGGAUCCACUAUCGUUUCAACCCCCCACUGAACAGGGAUCCCCUGUCCAGUUUUGCCUGGCACUACACCUCCUGGUCACGCUGCUCAGCUCUCUGUGCAGGAGGCGUGCAGAUCCAGCAGGUGGUGUGCAAGAGGCAAACAGAUCACUCAGUCGUCUACAACCACUUCUGUGACAAGAAGAGUAAACCCAAAGAGAAGAGACGAUCCUGCAAUACUGAGCCGUGCUCCCCGAGCUGGUGGACAGGAGAGUGGUCGGACUGCAGCCGCAGCUGUAAUGGCGGCCUGCGGACACGGGAGGUUUUAUGUAAAAGGAGGAUUUCUGGGACAGAGGAGAAGGUCCUGGACGACUCGGCGUGUACGUCCCUACGCCCUUCUCUCACAGAGCCCUGCAGCAACCACAGCUGCCCCCCUGAAUGGCUGGCUUUGGACUGGUCAGAGUGCACGCCCAGCUGUGGUCCUGGCUACAGGCACCGUGUGGUCUUGUGUAAGAGCGGGGAGAGCGGUGACACGCUGCCGGAGUCCAAGUGCCCCAAACAUGGCCGACCCACCUCCAGAGUCCGCUGUAACUUAAAGCGCUGCCCUCCCCCUCAGUGGGUGACAGGUCCCUGGGGAGAGUGUUCUGCCAAGUGCGGUCUGGGUCAGGAGAUGCGUUCGGUGCAGUGUCUGACCCACACUGGCCAGCCGUCCAAUGAGUGUCUGGAACAUCAGCGGCCAGCGGCCAUGCAGCAGUGCAAGAGCAAAUGUGACCUCAGUCUGCCUGUCAAUACAGACAACCCCGAAGAGUGUAAAGAUGUGAACACUGUGGCCUACUGCCCCCUGGUGCUCAGGUUCAAGUUCUGCAGCCGGCCGUAUUUCAGGCAAAUGUGCUGCAAGACCUGCCAGGGACACUGACCUGGACACCACGAAACUCACAGCAUCCAUCUUUGGGUCCUGUACACACUCACAGUAAGCCUGAAAACCCUCCCACUGAGCCUUUUAACAGCAGCCCUCACACUACCUCUAUCAGAGGAGCGUGAGAUCAAACUGGGAUGCCGUCGGACCUACACCUGGUCCCGUAACUGCUAAGAGGGACCUUUUUUCCAGCCAGAAUCCAGCCCGAACCAGACGCCUCUCUGGGCCGAGAUGAGUUACACAUUCCACUGGAGAGAGGGCUGCUGAAACCUGGAGGGGCAGAGGAGGGAGGAGAGAGGGAGUAUCCCUCCAUCGUCUUUUAGGAUGAACCCUCUCUCUCUCUCUUUGUCUGUCUUCAUAAAAGAUCCCUCUGUUGUAAUAUUUUGGUGCUACUAUAUUUCACUUUGGCCGCAGGGCUGGUUGCAGUACUCCCUCAAACCUGUAUGUUAACGGGUGACGUUCGUUUAGUUAUGAAUUGAAAAAUCCACUCUGUAAAGAAAAUGAUUUUCCAGAUAUCUUUGCCCAUGAAAAGGAAUAUCUUUAUAUGCUAUAAAAUGAAAGAUUUCUAUGUUAUCUAAUAGUUGUUACUUGACCACAUUGUUUUACGCCAUUGCUUUCUUCCCAUAUCAAUGUAUUCAUCAAGUUCUCACUGUUAUUCAGCUGAAGUGUGAGCAGAGUUUGAUUUGCACAAAGUGUCAACAGUCUUGUGUAUUUUAUGUUUGUGUUGAUGUGAUUUGACUUGAUGUCUCUGUGGAAGCUAUAAAUGUCUCACUGCAUUGAACCCGCCGUAGUCUUGACAUUUUGUUUAGUUUGCUUAAAUGUUCUCUACAGUAAAACAGGACAAGACACAUCGAGACACUGCCUUAGUAAUGUGAGCAAAGCCAGUGCUGACUCGCCAGGACGCUUUCAGAUAAUAGGAUGUUAUUUUGUGUUGUGGCUGCAGACUGUGGCAGCUUGUGCAAAAAAAACAACUUCACAAAGGAGAUUUAGUAGCUCAGCUCGGGGUCAUUAUCUGAAAAUCCCUCAGCGUUGGGCCUGGGGCUGUUAAUUUAUAUACAUAUAUAUAUUUUUUUUGGUUUAUUUUUGCCACAUGUUACCAGUCAUUCAACAGUGCUUGUGACUUUUACUGUGAGUGGAAAUUCAGAGCACAGUGAUGGACACAGUGAGUCAGCUCUGCCAGCGGGAUCAGACCUCUGACGACACCACUUUCAUAUAUCUUUUUACUGUAGGGGUGCUAAUCUGGUGAUUUCUUUUCAUGGCUAUCGGAAUAUUACAUUCGAUUUCUGCCGUGAGAUUUCCCCUAAAUCCUUCACACUGAACCUUUAAUGAAUCACUCAGUGUAUAACUUAGCGUGUGCUGAAUUCUCAAAAACAAAAAUAAUCAAAAAUGAUCGGCGGAUCACAGAAGCUAAAUGAUGCUCUCAUGUCGUGAACCCACGUUGCCCAAGAUAGCAGUGUGAUUAUGUGAUCCAAAAGGAAGAGCAUCACCUGACCCAAAUAUUGAAUGGUGAUUUCAUUGAAGAUUUUCUACUUAGACAGUAGUUUCAGCUCUUUCUCCUUCCUGCAGUGUUCCCUUUUAGAAAUGCCGAGUCAGAAGCUCAGAGAUCAGUCAUCGCUGUGACGCCCGCUGUGCUCUGAACUCUGCUGUGGUCAAACUAUUCUCAAAUAUUCACACUGAUCACCGCUAUAAACAGCUCUGUAUAGCACUAAAUGUCACAUAAUUUCAUUGUAAAGAGACGAAGCUGCAGUAUGUCUGUGUGGGGUUUAGCUGCAAUGUUGUUGUUGUUGUUGUUGUUGUUUUCCCUUUGUGGUGCUUUGGUUUGGAUUGGUGCUAUUAGUUCACCUCUUUUGACAUUGUUUCUGAGUUAUAAUUUUAACAGUUGUGCUUUUAAUUAUUUAGACGUCAGUUUGAGCCUUUUGUAACAGUAUCAAAUUACAGAGCUGGCCCGAGGUGUAAAACCGCAGCUGCUUAGGGCCCCUCACCUACCAGGGGCCCCCUUUGGUUUCCUAUGUUCAUUCUCUGAUAAUAUGAGUUUAGUUUACACUCUCUGACUUGGUUAAAAGUUCCCAACAGUGCCCCUAAAACGCAGCUCACUGGACAAAUAUGUACAAGUGCAUGUAUGUAAUACAAAUGUCACAUACUCUAACAAUUUCUGAAGGAGUACUAUACAAAGUAUUUUCAUUUCCAGGUGCUCUUAACAAUAUGGGGAUGACAAAAAUCCAUUUUACUGGUGUUAAACAAGCAUUUGGGUUUGGGAACAAAUUUUAGAAUUUUGACAAAUAACUUUUGUUAAAUAUUUGGUUUUGUUGGAUUGUGCAUGGGGUUCCAGAAAGUCUUCUAAUCCAUUUAUGUGGAAUAUAGAAACAUUGAGAAUAUGUAAUUGAAAAAUCCAGUUGAGCCGUAUUUCAUCGGAGCGUACGGCUUACUUAAUCAUUGCAGUUUUUUCAGGACUGAAUAGCAUGAAAUACCAGUUGUAACAUUUUCAAUUGCACAUAUUGUUUCAGAAGAUAAUUCAAAGAAUCAUUGCCAGAUAUUUCCUGUUUAAGCAUCAGAAAGGCAUUUCCUCUGUAUUUACCUGUGCCUUUAUUAAAGGUUCACACUGAGUAGUGAGCCUGUUUUCUGAACAAGUAAGAGGAACAGUACCGGUUAUUGUUGUUUUGUUUGUCACAUGCUAAUUAUAACACGACAUGUACUGUAUGUUGUUCAGUAGAAAAUGAAUGCGUUUGUCCCCCAUGUACAUCUUUUUCAAAGGAAACAUUACAUUGAAUAAACAUGGCGCAUUGUUGGUUCUAAGACUUGA